AUGCACAAGAGGAAGGGACCCCCAGGUCGAGGCGCCGCAGCUGCCCGCCAGGAAGGCUCUGAUCUCCCUUAUGGAGAAAGUCCCCUGCCCAUGGAAGCCAUUGAGAAGAUGGCCAGCCUGUGCAUGAGAGACCCAGAUGAGGAGGAGGGAACAGAUGAGGAGGAUGUGGAAGCAGAUGAUGACCUGCUGGCAGAGCUAAAUGAGGUCCUUGGGGAGGAGCAGAAGACUUUGGAGUCCCAGCCUCCUGCGGCCCAGCCUAAGGCUGCAGCCACAAGCCCACGGGUGGAGGCUACCUUGCAGGAAAGGCUGAUCCUCUACCAGACAGCCAUUGAGAGUGCUAGACAAGCUGGGGACGGAGCCAAGAUUCGGCGCUAUGAUAGGGGGCUGAAGACACUGGAAAACUUGCUGGCUUCUGUCCGGAAGGGCAACACCAUCGAUGAAGGGGAUAUUCCACCACCUGUGGCUGUAGGGAAGGGCCCAGUAGUGACACCCAGCCACACUCCCAUACCCACCCAACUGGCCCCUGCAAACCCACCGACUCCCGAGUCCAGGGUCUCUGUGGAAGGCCCUCUACCCCCUGCUCCCGCCUCAUCUCUGGGCUCCACUAAGCCCCCAGGUCCCUGCAGCCCUGGCCCCCUAGCCCAGCUGCAGAGCCGCCAGCGCGAGUACAAGCUGGCUGCCCUCCACGCCAAGCAGCAGGGAGACACCUCCACCGCUGCCAGACACUUCCGUGUGGCCAAGAGCUUUGAUGCUAUCUUGGAGGCCCUGAACAGGGGGGAAUCUGUGGACCUGUCUCGCCUGCCCCCUCCACCUGACCAGCUGCCUCCAGAUCCACCAUCAUUGCCACCACAGCCUGCAGCUCCCACCAUGGUAUCCUCUACACCAGAGGUUCCUACACCCCCGAAGACUCUCCUGGAGGCUCUGGAGCAGCGGAUGGAGCGGUACCAUGUGGCCGCAGCUCAAGCUAAGACCAAAGGAGACCAACGGAAGGCUCGUAUGCAUGAACGCAUUGUCAAGCAAUACCAAGAUGCCAUCCGAGCACACAAGGCUGGCCGAGCCGUAGAUGUGGCUGAGCUGCCUGUGCCCCCAGGCUUUCCCCCCAUCCAGGGCCUUGAGGCCACCGAGCCCACACAGCCCAGCCUGGUGGGUGUCCUAGAGACUGCCAUGAAGCUGGCCAACCAGGAUGAAGGCCUCGAGGAUGAAGAGGACGAGGAGCCUAAGAAGCUCAGUAGCCCUCCAGCCCCCAUGACUCAGCCCAAAGCCCCACCCUCAAGGACAACCCAGUCAGGAUCUGCCCCUGCAGCCAAAGCAGCUCCUAAAGGUACAUCCACCAGAGCCCAGCAGCAACUAACCUUCCUGGAGGGCCGCAAGAAGCAGCUCCUGCAGGCCGCCCUACGAGCCAAACAGAAGAAUGAUGUGGAGGGUGCCAAGAUGCACCUGCGCCAGGCUAAGGGCCUAGAGCCCAUGCUGGAGGCUUCACGCAAUGGGCUGCCUGUGGAUAUCACGAAGGUGCCACCAGCCCCAGUCAACAAGGAUGAUUUCGCCCUGGUCCAACGACCCGGCCCAGGUCUGUCUCAGGAGUCCGCCCGGCGCUAUGGUGAACUCACCAAAAUGAUUAGGCAGCAGCAUGAGAUGUGCCUGAACCACUCUAACCAGUUUACCCAUCUGGGUAACAUUGCUGAAACCAGCAAAUUUGAGAAGCUGGCAGAAGACUGUAAGCGGAGCAUGGAGAUUCUGAAGCAGGCCUUUGCCCGGGGCCUCCCCAUACCCAAUGCCCGCUUCGAGCAGCGGACCAUCAGUGUCAUCAAGAUCUUCCCUGACCUCAGCAGCAAUGACAUGCUCCUGUUCAUCGUGAAGGGCAUCAACCUGCCCACACCCCAAGGGAUAUCCCCCGGUGACCUGGAUGUCUUUGUUCGGUUCGACUUCCCCUACCCCAAUGUGGAAGAAGCUCAGAAAGACAAGACCAGUGUGAUCAAAAACACAGAUUCCCCUGAGUUCAAGGAGCAGUUCAAACUGUGCAUUAACCGCAGCCACCGGGGCUUCCGGAGGGCCAUCCAGAGCAAAGGCAUCAAGUUUGAAGUAGUCCACAAGGGGGGACUGUUUAAAACUGACCGGGUUCUGGGCACAGCCCAGCUGAAGCUGGAUGCCUUGGAAACAGCGUGUGAAGUCCGGGAGAUCCUUGAGGUCUUAGAUGGUCGCAGGCCCACAGGGGGGCGGCUGGAGGUGAUGGUUCGUAUUCGGGAGCCACUGACGGCCCAACAGUUGGAGACAACAACUGAGAGGUGGUUGGUCAUUGACCCUGUACCAGCAGCUGUGUCCACACAGGUUUCUGGGACCAAAGGGAAGGCCCUUCCUGCGCCUGUCCCUUCGAGGGAUCCAGGAAACAGGUCAGCCCGACCCCUGCAUAGCCUGAGUGUGUUGGCCUUUGACCAAGAACGCCUGGAACGGAAAAUCCUGGCCCUCAGGCAGGCACGGCGGCCAGUGCCCCAGGAGGUGGCCCAGCAGUACCAGGACAUCGUGCAGCGCAGCCAGUGGCAGAGGGCACAGCUGGAGCAGGGGGGCCCUGGCAUCCGGCGGGAGUACAUGGCGCAGCUGGAACGCCAGCUGCAGUUCUACACAGAGGCUGCCCGGCGCCUGGGCAACGAUGGCAGCAGGGAGGCUGCAAAGGAAGCACUGUACAGGCGGAACCUGGUUGAGAGUGAGCUGCAACGGUUCCGAAGGUGAGAGACCAAUGGGCGGGCAGCCCUCAGAAGGCAGGGAGCUGGCCCAAGGCCCUGACGAUGGGAGGAGCCAACAGGCCACAGACCAGACAAGCAGACAAUCAGUGGACAUCGGCUCCGGAUGGCUACGUACCCCACCGGGCCAACCCAGCCCAGCCAGAACCUCCCUGACAGGAGGUAUCAGGACUGUGCCCGCCGACCAGAGUGUGCCCUCACCUGGACCGUUUGCACAGCCCAAGGGGAUCUGGCCCCUGGCCUGCCCUCGUGGUGGGAGGGCAGCUAGGACCAAGCCCCAUGGACCCCUGCAAGCACUUUACUUCCUGUCCCUCCCCAGCCUUAACCCUGAGGCCUUCCCACACCCCAAAGAAGCAGUUGAGGCCAGCCAGAGCCCAGCUUGGUUCUCCAGAGGACUGCCCUGGCCCAGCUGGGUCCCAGGGGCUGACACAGAGAAUAAACAACCAGGGCCACACCCA